AUGGCCUCCAAGAAGUCAAAGGCGGCGCCCGCCGACGACAAUCUCGACGAGCUCUUCUCGGGCAUUGGCCACGACUCCAAGGCCAAGAAGCCGUCCAAGAAGCCCACCUCGGCCGCCGCCAAAGCAAUUGGCAACGACGAUAUCCUCGCCGACCUCGAAUCGGAGCUUGCUCCCCAGCCCGCGUCUCGCCCACACACACCCCGUCUUAAGGAGACGAUUGCGCGACGCUCGACGGCAACCCCUCCUAUUGGCGACGACAAGGCCUCUGCUGCGCGCAAGUCCACCGACAGCUCCCGGAGCCUCAGGGCCUCCUUCACCCCCAGCGCCACGAGCUCCGAGCUCCAUGAAUCGGAGAGGAGAGGACCGGUGGAACAGGCGCCGCCUCAGCAAGCCGGAGGAGGGUGGUGGGGUGGAAUCCUGUCGACCGCGACCGGGGUCAUGAAGCAGGCUGAGGCUGCGUAUAGCCAGAUUCAGCAGAAUGAAGAGGCAAAGAAGUGGGCAGAGCAGGUCAAAGGCCUGGGAAGCGGUAUUGAUGUGAAUGUGUUGAAGAGCUACGGCGAUGAGAUUCGCAACCGUGCACUUCCAACCCUAUCCAACAUUAUCAACACCAUUGCUCCCCCUAUUGGCUCUCACGAGCGCCUCCUUAUUCACAUCACCCACGAUCUGGUUGGAUAUCCGUCUCUCGAUCCUCUCAUCUACGAAGUCUUCUCCGAUGUUAUGCAGCAGGUCGAAGGCGGUGAGCUCCACGUUGUCCAGAGAGGUCAUGAAAGCAGCCACCCGCGGUCUAGCGACAGCGCUGCCGGCUGGGACGACGGCCCUUGGUGGAGACAAGUUGAUCAGCCUCGAGAGCUGGGCGUGGUGAAAGGCCUUGUCGAGGGCACAAAGCUUUGCCGCGUCAAUGCAGAGUCGUUUGCGACUGAGUACUUUGCUUCACAGGGAGGCAUCGAAGCUGUGAGGGCGGAGGCAAGAUCGGGUGCCGGCGAGCCUGGUGCUAUCCGAACCUCGGAUUUAUUCUUGUCUGUCCAAGCCAUUGUUACUGACCAAGACAAGACCCUUUUCGGUCGAACUUCCGCCGAAGAAAAGGAGAAAGAAGAAUCAGAUGAGGUGGAAGAGGAGAAGGAUGAAGAGUUCCGGUUUGCCAUUUUCAUUGUCGACCCGGUCCAUGAAAUCGAGUACGCCACCAUCAGCCAGCCCUUCCCCGCCAAAUGGGCCCGCUGGCUUGAGGCUCCUCGUCCUAUGACCCCUGAAUCUGGAGACGAAGAGUCCCUGCAUAAUCGUGUCCACGAGGACAUCCGGAGCAUUGUUGAGACCGGUGAGCUUGACCCUAGAGAAUGGGUGGCCGGCUGGGUGAAGGACUCUCUUUCGCUGUCUGUUGGCAUUGUAGCCCAGUGGUAUGUCGCUAGACGUAUGCAAGUUGGAGUCAACCACUCCCAAGUGAAAGUAGAGAAAGAGGAUGAUGACGAUGAAGAAGAGGAAGAGGAAGAGUCUGAUGAAGACACAGAGUAA